CCAGAGACUGAGAUGUGUUAGCAAGAGCUUGUUCUGUGCUUCAGCCGACAUGAUGGGUGGUUUGCAUACGCAUCAUAAUGCAGCGUUCUCUAUGUAACUUGUGACACCUAGGGGGCUGUCAGCCUAGUGGAGUGCGGUAACCAGCAGGUAAAUCAUCAUCAGCUGUUUGCAGCUGGGGUAAGGCUGAGGGAUUGACAAGGGGGAUGAGAACACGUAGUUCCUGGUGCUCUGCCUUCCUUGUGAUCUGCCUGUCCUAAUAAACAGGGGGGGCGUUAAGCAUCUUGAAUAUUUUUGUAAGCGAUGAAAGGCACAAAGUAGAGCAGCAAGAGAGACUGCCCAAGUGAAAUGCUUUGUGCUUUAUAACCCCCAAGUACCCAGAGGUAGGUGCAAUAAUACUCCUCUCGUGCGUUUGUUGGGGUGCAAAAAAAAAAGUUUUGUUCCCUUCUUGGUCUGUGGUGCAGGACAAAGGCAGGUCAGCAAGCUGGAAGGUCAGACCAGGGAGUAGGAGUGUUUCUUCUCUUUCACUUACUGAUACCUUUCUUUAGGGUUACUUUGAAAAAGAAGACUUGAGUGAUCAAGCCAUUAGGAGACUUUCAGUCCAAGAAAGAGCGAAGCCAGCUCUUGCCAGGACUGGAGGAAGUCCCUGUUGAGAGCGAACCCUUAGAACCGGAGCUCGUUCUCAGACUGUGUCGAUCAUGUCUAAGCAAGGAGACGACUGCUACUUCUAUUUCUAUUCCACCUGUAACAAGGGAGACAGCUGUUCCUUCCGCCACUGUGAGGCUGCUCUGGGAAAGGAGAGAGUGUGCAAGCUGUGGCAGGAGGGUCGCUGUUUCAGGACUACCUGCAGGUUCAGACACAUGGAAGUCGAUAAAAAACGCGGUGAGAUUCCUUGCUACUGGGAGAAUGAACCAGCUGGCUGUCAAAAAUCCAACUGCGCGUUCCGUCACACGAAAGGACGUUAUGUUGAUGGACGCUUCUUCCCGCCGAGCAAAAAGGAGAACUUAAAUUUUGGAAUAAAAACACUUGAAGAAAUCAAAUUGGAGAAACUAAAGGAAAAAACAAAAAACCAAGGUGAAGGUCCUUCAGGAGUUUCUGUUCCUCCGCUCCAAUCUCGGGCUAUUCCUGUGCCAGAAAAGGAAAUUGUACGGACGGUAGUGAGAACUGUGACUCUGUCUACAAAGCAAGGGGAGGAGCCUGUGAUUCAACUGAAUCUUGGCGAGAGGAUGGGAAAACGGAAAGCCUCCGCAGCUGGUAAAAGUGUCCUUCCGCUAAAGCGCAACCUUGCUGACAGGCUGGGGAAGAAGACAGAGGCUCUGGAGAGUGCUGACAAAGCACCAAAGAGAGUUCAAGUCCCCAGGUCUCUGAAGGAGAGGCUAGGACUGCCCUCUGAACCGACCAGUAGAGAGACAGAGAAGGCUGCUAAGCCAGCGGGAGAAAUGCAUGUGAAAACAGUGGAGGAAAUUCGACUUGAGAGCGCUCAUCGGAGACGAGGAGAACCUCAAGUGAAACCCCAGACUGAAGGACGUCGUAAAACAGAAGAUCCCAGCUCGGGGGCAAGACCUUCCCCUGCAGUUCGUGUCAUAACUUUCUCAGGAUCCCUGGCUGUAAAAAAACGCAAGCGAUUGAGGCGAAAGAAGCAAAAACCAGAAGCGUUUCCUACCGAGACAAAAGUUGAGAGCAAACCCAAGAAGCAGAGCAUACUUGCGCCGUCUGUGCUCAGCCAAGUGCGCCCGGCAGAGCCGGCAGGUAAAGCCAAGCCAGCGGGAGAAGUGCGUGUUAAAACCUUGGAAGAAAUGAAGCGGGAGAAAGCUCUGCGGAUGCAGCAGAGUGGAGGAAAAGUGCCAGCUCCACCAGCACAACCCGAACCUGCCCCGACAGGGAGGAGUUUGUUGCGGAUCACAAAGCUAAUAGCACCUGGAAGAGAAGAAAAGAUGAUAGUGGAAUUGAGCAAGCCUUCUCCCAAAGCUGUCUCUGCACCUGCAGAGCCCUCUGAUCAGAGUGCAACUAAUUCUAAAGUUGAAGUGAAGAGCCUUGAAGAGAUCAUGUGGGAGAAGCGGCAACUGAAGCAACGCCAAGAAGAGAAGCUUCAGAAGGAAGCAGCUGCUGUGCCAUCUCCUAUUGAACAGGCAACCAAGGGUAAAACUCCAGCAUCAGGGAGUCCUGAAUCCAGGGUGGUUUCAGGGUCAGCUUAUCAGCUUCCAAAGAGGAUAUUGGUGAAACCUCCGGGAGAUGGGGCUGAAAGCCCCGGAAAGGAUGCUGCCGUAUCACCGGGGAAACGGGCAGCUCAACUUCUGGAAUGGAAAGCUGAAACCAAACGGAAGGUGUGCCUGAAGCCUUUGGAUGGGAAAGCCACCUUCCCCACAAAGCAGCCACUGAAACGUAAGGCAGCCGAGAGUCAUCCCUCUGCCGUGGCGGCUGUGAAGCCAUUGAGUGCCACUGGUGGCGACGGGAAGGAGCCUUCAGCUAAAACAGCAGCUGUGGCCGUUGUUCCGGCUUUGCCAGAGGACAGCCUCCUCUCCAUACGUGGGAGAGAAAAACCCCAAGCCAGGUAACAACCACAACUUGUU